AUGCUUCAACUUCUCACCCCAGCCACCUUGCUGGUGAUCUUUGCCACGCUGGGCGGGUCUGCCGCCGCGUCGGAAUCGGGCUCCGUGUCGAUUCGGCAAAAGAUGAUUGCGAAGCCGCACCAUGGCCUGCCGCCGGCGCAGCUCCUCCUCCGUGCGUACAACAAGUACGCAAAAGCCGGGGCCGUGCCGCCGGUAAAGCUAUCAAAGGCCGCCCAGAACGAAGGCACCGUAGUGGCAACCCCUCUGACCAACGACGUGUCCUACCUCUGUCCUGUCACCAUUGGGCUCCAGACGUUCUACCUGGAAUUUGACUCGGGAUCCUCCGACCUAUGGGUUCAAUCCUCUCUCAGCCCGGCAAACCUGUCGGUCGGGCACUCCGUCUACAACCCCAGGCGCUCCCCCACCGCGAAGCUUCUCCCCGGAUACACCUGGAACAUUACGUACGGAGACCGCUCCGGCGCCAGAGGCGUCGUCUUCACCGACACAGUUGACGUCGGUGGCGUGGUUGCCACGGGGCAGGCCGUCGAGGCGGCCACGGCCGUCUCAGCCGAGUUUACCGGCCAGCACGGCAGCGACGGGCUCCUGGGCCUCGCCUUCAGCGCCAUAAACACCGUCCGGCCGGUCAAGCAGCGCACCUUUUUCGACAACGUCAAGCCCGGCCUGCGGAACAAGCUCUGGACCGUCGACCUCAAGCACCAGGCCACCGGGACCUUUGACUUUGGCGUCAUCAAGCCGUCCAAGUACAAGGGCGACAUCACCUACACGCCCGUCGACCCGUCGACCGGCUUCUGGACCUUCUUCCCCAGCGGCUUCAAGGUCGGCCGGCAGCCCAAGGUGACGGGCAACCAGGGCGCCAGCAUCGCCGACACGGGCUCCUCGCUGCUCUACGUCCAGCAGCAGGCCGCCUUUGCCUACUACGCCCAGGUGCCCGGGUCCACGCUCUACAGGGGCUCCAUCUUCAUCUACCCCUGCAACCAGGUCUUGCCCAACUUUAGCGUCUACAUCGAGGGCCGCCAGUUCACCAUCCCGGGCAGGUACCUCAAAUACGCCGUCAUGCACGGCAACAAGUGCGUGGGGGGCAUCCAGGGCAGCGCGGGGCUCCCGUUCAACAUUUACGGCGACAUCUUCCUCAAGGCCGUCUUUGCGGUGUUUGACGAGUCGCAGGGUCAGCCGCGGCUCGGGUUCGCCAAGAAGGACCUGGUCUAG